AUGCACGGACCGUUAGGACAUAUCAUACUAUCUCGCGAUGAGGACGAUGGAGCAUCACGGGGACAACAGGCAGUGGUGGUCACAGGCGUAUUGACCGGACUGGCAAUUCUAAUCGUUGCGAUGCGACUGUUCGCGCGGAUCGGCUUGAUGAAGCUGAGAGGCCGCGAAGACUACACGAUUGUCGUGGCCCUGGUCUUUUCCAUCAUCUACUUUGCAUUGGUCGCUGCCCAGGUUCAUUUCGGUCUUGGAAUCCAUUCGGAUAAACUUCCUGCUGCUACACUGAAGCAGCAGCUCAAGCGACUCUGGAUAGCGAUUCCGUUCUACAAUGCGAGUCUGGCUUUUAGCAAAUUCUCCAUUCUGUUUCAAUACCUGCGCAUCUUUCCCAGCCGCCAGUUUCGACUUGCUUGCUACGCCAUGAUGGGUAUCGUCGCAUUGUACUCGACGUGGGCUAUUGUCAGCGCAUUCGUGAACUGCGUUCCUGUAGCGAGGUUCUGGGACCGCGAUAUUCCCGGGUCCUGUCUCAGCUUCGAAGCUGUCUGGUUCUUUAACGCGUCCAUGAACAUCGCUACUGAUCUGACGCUGCUUAUCAUGCCGAUGCCACUCAUUUCUCAUCUCCAACUUCCCCGCAUGCAGAAAGUUGCUCUCAUGGCUGUCUUUGCCGUUGGUUUACUCGUCGUUAUUACCAGUAUCCUUCGUUUAUCGAGCCUACGAACAGUUGCUCAAAGCCCAGACACGUCAUACAGCAACGUAGGUGCCGCCUACUGGACCGCCGCUGAAUGCAAUGUUGCCAUCAUAUGUGCUUGUCUCCCCUUCCUUCGACCCCUUAUCAGCCGUAUCUUCCCCAGACUACUGUCCACAAAGAGCUACAACAAAUACACGGGACAACCGACGAUGACAGCAAACCGGUCACGGAGGACUCAAAUCUACUCGCAGGAUCCGGACUAUGGCCUAUACACAAUCGAUAUCGAAGCGACUGAUAUGAAACGAGGAUCUACAGGAGGCAUUGAGGUCACCACAGAGAUGACGGUACAGGAGUCAUCGCAGCACGAUGAGUCGACGAGUCAGCGGCGGCUGGUGAUACAAUCAUAA